AUGAACGGUAAAGACAAAGAUGGGGACGACGACGCGUACAGUAACGUGUACAUGAAUCGGAAAUCGCAGGCACGCGAGAAGCCGAAAAAACGGUGCCCCUGCAUUCCGCCGCAGUCCAGCAACAGCAGAAAAAGCCGGGCGGACGGCUGUGGCGGCGGCUGUGGCGGCUGUGGCGGCGGUCCCGGCUGCGGCGCCCGGUGCGCGCCGGACCGUUAUUGCAACGAGGCGCCGCACAGGAGGCCCAGGUACGACCCGGACGACGAGUACAAUCGCUAUACCUGCAGCAGCGAGAACGUCGUCGGGGCCCGCGGUUCGGCGGCGUCCGCGUUCGGCGGGUGGAUGAUGUCGACGGCCGACUGGAUUUGGGACCGCCGGUUCCAGUUCGUGUUGCCCGCCAUGUGCUAUUUGCUCGGCGUCUUCUCGUGCGAUUACUGCAGCUCGUGCGACUGCAGUGCGACGGUCUGA